GAUCAGUAGAAAAAUUUAAUUGAAGUAAUGUCGAUAGCAUUCGGAAUGUGCGAGACACCCGGUUGUAAUGCCGUUGCGAGUCUUCAAUGUCCAACUUGCUUGAAAAUCGGCAUCCAAGGUUCAUAUUUCUGCAGUCAAAAUUGUUUCAAAGGUAGUUGGAAAACACAUAAGGUUAUUCAUCAAUUGGCAAAAGGAGAAAAUGGAAAUAGAGUUGCUGACACUUAUAAUCCUUGGCCAAUGUACAAUUAUACUGGAAAAUUACGACCAUACAAAAAGGAACAACGUAGAGAGGUCCCUGAGCAUAUCGCUAGACCAGACUAUGCCUUACAUCCAAAUGGGAUACCACUCAGUGAACAAGCUGUAAAAGGUUCUGGCCAGAUAAAAAUUCUUGAUGAUGAAGAAAUUGAAGGCAUGAGAGUCGCAUGCAAGCUUGGUCGAGAAGUCUUGGACGAAGCUGCAAAGACGUGUGAUGUUGGUGUUACAACAGCUGAAAUUGAUAGAGUGGUGCAUGAAGCUUGUAUUGAAAGAGAUUGCUACCCAUCGCCGUUAAAUUAUUAUCAGUUUCCCGCUAGCUGUUGUACUUCUGUCAACGAAGUGAUUUGCCAUGGUAUACCUGAUACUCGACCCUUGCAGGAUGGCGAUAUUUGUAAUGUUGACGUUACAGUAUAUCACAAUGGUUUUCAUGGAGAUUUGAACGAGACUUUUUUAGUGGGUAACGUAAAACCGGAAGUAAAAAAGUUGGUGGAAGUGACAUAUGAAUGCUUGUCCAAAGCCAUUGACAUUGUAAAACCUGGCGAAAAAUACAGAGAGAUUGGGAAUGUGAUACAAAAGCAUGCACAGGCCCAUGGUUUCAGCGUAGUUCGUAGUUAUUGUGGCCAUGGAAUUCACCGUUUGUUUCAUACUGCGCCGAAUGUACCGCAUUACGCCAAAAAUAAAGCAGUGGGUGUUAUGAAACCUGGGCACUGUUUCACAAUCGAGCCAAUGAUAUCUCAAGGUACGUGGAAAGACGAAACAUGGCCCGACAAUUGGACGGCUGUUACAUUGGAUGGUCAAUGGUCAGCACAAUUUGAGCAUACUCUUUUAGUAACGGAGACUGGUUGCGACAUUCUUACGAAACGGUUUGCGAAUAAUGGUAGGCCUUGGUUUAUAGAUCACUUGUAGUAGUUUUCUACUUCUUUAUUUUCCUGCAACUGUCUAAAUUGUUGCGAAAUUCAUGUGAAGGAGUCUUAGUUAAGUUGUCUUCUUGUACAUUUUACAAUAAUACAAUAACUUUUUGUCUUUGCAAAUGUAUAGUAAUAACAAAAAAAGGAAUAAACAGUAUAGUUGAAUUACCCUUACAAUUUUACAUAAAGAUAUUUGCUAUGUAUAUUUUAAGUACUAAAUUCUAAAUUCAAAUUUACACAGGCGAGAGAAAAAGUUAAAAAUAUGCCUAAUAAACUAACAAUUUGUACUUGGAGUAAAGUA